ACUUCUGAUUGAAGCCUGUCAUUCGUUUAUUCUAAAUUAAGACAAGUAGUCUGUAUUCUCCUUUGUAUCACAUAAAGUAAUUCCUGAAGUCAAAGCGAAGAAUAAAAUUCACAUAAAAACGUGUUUUUUUAAAGACAAAUGUGACGAUGGAGUCUGCACGAAAUUUCUCUGAGCAAUAUUCGGAUCAAUUGCUACCCAAUACAAUUGCACAAUUUUUUACUGCUGUUCUUGGGAUAUUCGGAAACUCUCUAGUUAUUUUGGUGUACUCUAGAUAUGUACAGGACAAGACGGUUUCUCGGUUUUUCAUUCCUAUUCUGGCAAUUGUGGAUCUUGUAGGUUGUAUUUCAAAUGUGAUUCAAUAUCACAUUGACAACACCAUGCAUCACCCUAGUGAUAUUUUGUGUAAAAUAUUUAGCUUUCUAAUCAUACUGGCCGGGGGUAUUUCAGCGCACUUGAUUUUGAUGAUAGCGUUACAGAGGUAUUUAAUCAUUUGUCGUCCGUUUGUUCCGCAAAUGUCAACAAAAUCUUGCAAAAUUGCUAUAUUGAUUAUAUUUCUAAUAUCAGUUGGAUAUUCUGCUCCAAUUGUGAAAUUCAGCAGAAUACAGGAACCCUUUUCGGUAACACGGUGUACUUUCGAUGAUGGAACUAACGACAACAGUGUACUGAUUCCGUAUUUUGGAACUUUUCUCCUUCUUUCUUUUAUCAAUAUCAUUGUCACUUUCGCUCUGUACAUUCCAGUGAUCAAGAUCAUCUAUAAUACACUGUCCACUCCCAAACGGAAUCGAGUAAGUAGAAUCCCGGAAGACAACACCGAUAUCUCAUCUAAAGAAACACAGGAUCUUAGUUCCGACAAAAUUACAAAGGCGGAUUUAACACAAAACAUUGUGCAAUCUCCUAAAAGUGAACCAUCGAACACCUUAACAACGGAUGGAAACCGGGAACAAAGAGCGCGGAGGAAUAUCAGCAUCAUGUUCCUCGUCAUCAUAAUUGUUUACGUAGUUUCGUAUCUUACGUCACUUGUUACGCAAGUCUACACCUUCGUAGACCCAGAAAUAGACCUGAGAGGAUUCAAGUUAAAUGUUUUCGAUUUUUGCCUGCGUUUUAACAUUUUGAAUCACAUUGCUAAUCCAUAUAUUUACUGGUUAUUUGACAACAAAUUUAAAAAUGAACUUCGGAAGUUUUGCUGCGAGAAAUUUUUCAGAAGACAUUUGUCUUCUUUGUAAAUUUGGUGUCUCAUAUGAUACACAAGAGGAAUUCAUAAUUUCAAUAUCUGUAUUUAAAUAUAUCUGAUGUUAUGUAAAAAUUAUAUUUGUUCGAAAUCAUUUUGUAUUACAUUUAUACGUGCUUUAUCCUAUGUUCAUUGCUUAAUGUAUAUUUCAAAAAACACCAAAAUAAAUCAAACUGUAAAUCCAUAG